ACGUCAUCAAAGGCACGCGCACCAAACAUGGCGGCGGCGGUGGUUGUGAGCGGGAAGAUUAUAUAUGAACAGGAAGGGGUGUAUAUUCAUUCAUCUUUUGGAAAGACCAGUGACCAAGACAGCUUGAUUUCAGGAAUAUUACGUGUUUUAGAAAAGGAUGCUGAAGUAAUAGUGGACUGGAGACCGUUGGAUGAUGCAUUAGAUUCUUCUAGUAUUCUGUAUGCUGGAAAGGACUCCAGUUCAGUCGUGGAAUGGACCCAGGCCCCAAAAGAAAGAGCUCAUCGAGGACUGGAACAUCUGAACAGUUACGAAGCAGAGUGGGACAUGGUUAAUACAAUUUCAUUUAAAAAGAAACCACAUACCAAUGGAGAUGCUCCAAGUCAUAGAAAUGGGAAAAGCAAAUGGUCAUUCCUGUUCAGUUUGACAGACCUGAAAUCAAUCAAGCAAAACAAAGAGGGUAUGGGCUGGUCGUAUUUGGUAUUCUGUCUAAAGGAUGACGUCGUUCUCCCUGCUCUGCACUUUCAUCAAGGAGAUAGCAAACUACUGAUUGACUCUCUUGAAAAAUAUGUGGUAUUGUGUGAAUCUCCGCAAGACAAAAGAACACUUCUUGUGAAUUGUCAGAAUAAGAGUCUUUCACAGUCUUUUGAAAAUCUUCUUGAUGAACCAGCAUAUGGUAUAAUACAAGCAGGACUGUUAGAGAGAAGAAAGCUGUUGUGGGCCGUCCAUCAGUGGAAAAAGAUUAAAAAGGACCCUUAUACAGCCACUAUGGUAGGAUUUUCCAAAGUCACAAACUACAUUUUUGAUAGUUUAAGAGGCAGCGAUCCUUCUGCACAUCAACGACCACCUUCAGAGAUGGCAGAUUUUCUUAGUGAUGCUAUUCCAGGUUUAAAGAUAAAUCAGCAAGAAGAACCAGGAUUUGAAGUCAUCACAAGAAUUGAUUUGGGCGAACGACCUGUUGUUCAAAGGAGAGAGCCAGUAUCAUUGGAAGAAUGGACUAAGAACAUCGAUUCUGAAGGAAGAAUUUUAAAUGUAGAUAAUAUGAAGCAGAUGAUAUUUAGAGGGGGACUUAGUCAUGUGUUGAGAAAACAAGCAUGGAAAUUUCUUCUGGGUUAUUUUCCUUGGGACAGUACCAAAGAGGAAAGAACUCAAUUACAAAAACAAAAAACUGAUGAAUACUUCAGAAUGAAACUACAGUGGAAAUCUGUCAGCGAGGAACAGGAGAAGAGAAAUUCGAGGUUAAGAGAUUAUAGAAGUCUUAUUGAAAAAGAUGUUAACAGAACAGAUCGAACAAACAAGUUUUAUGAAGGCCAAGAUAAUCCAGGGUUGAUUUUGCUUCAUGACAUUUUGAUGACCUACUGUAUGUAUGAUUUUGAUUUAGGAUAUGUGCAAGGAAUGAGUGACUUACUUUCCCCUCUUUUAUAUGUGAUGGAAAAUGAAGUAGAUGCCUUUUGGUGCUUUGCCUCCUACAUGGACCAAAUGCAUCAAAAUUUUGAAGAACAAAUGCAAGGCAUGAAGACCCAGCUAAUUCAGCUAAGUACCUUACUUCGAUUGUUGGACAGUGGAUUUUGCAGUUACUUAGAAUCCCAGGACUCUGGAUACCUUUAUUUUUGCUUCAGAUGGCUUUUAAUCAGAUUUAAAAGGGAAUUUAGUUUUCUAGAUAUUCUUCGAUUAUGGGAGGUAAUGUGGACUGAACUACCAUGUAAAAAUUUCCAUCUUCUUCUCUGUUGUGCUAUUCUGGAAUCAGAAAAGCAGCAAAUAAUGGAAAAGCAUUAUGGCUUUAAUGAAAUACUUAAGCAUAUCAAUGAAUUGUCCAUGAAAAUUGAUGUGGAAGAUGUACUAUGCAAGGCAGAAGCAAUUUCUCUACAGAUGGUAAAAUGCAAGGAGUUGCCACAAGCAGUUUGUGAGAUCCUGGGGCUUCAGGACAGUGAAGUUACAACACCAGAUUCAGACAAUGGUGAAGAUGAAAAUGUUGGCAUGACUAGUUGUCCAACGUCUGCAUUUCAGAGUAACUCCUUGCCUGUACUUGCUGCCAGUGGAGCCAGAGAUGACAACCCAGCAGAGUUAUCCAUGUCCCCAAAUGUCAGCAGAGUAACACCUGCAUGAUCAUUCUUCUUGCUUUUUGAAGAGACACUUCAUUGCAACUUCUUUUCAAGUACUGGAAAGGUGGAAAUUUAAAAUCCUGGUAUUGAUCAUGCUUUAAGGUUUAUGGAAAGAAAGUGUACUGAUGUUCUUGCAUUAAAGCUUUAUGAAGAUUUAAACUAAUUAUUUUUGUAGUUACUUCUACCAAAUAGCCUUUCCUUUUCAAUAACAUUCCUUAGUAUUUUUAUAGCUAAGUACAUUUUAUUUUCUCGCUGAUGAACUGGAAUUGGAUAAAUAUUACAAGUGGAUGAGUUGGAAAUUAUGCACUUUGAAAACAUUCACUUUGUUUACUCCAGGUUCAGUGGGUUUGGAUUUGAUUAAAUGUUGAGCCUUUCUGUAGCAUUCUAAGUUGAGAAGUAGAUUGUUACCCAGUGAUGAAAUAAAAGAAUUUGUUUUUCUCUUUUGUUUACAACAAUACAGCUUAAAUAUUUAUGCUGGUUGAAUGUGAUAUGAAUUGGACAUUUUCAUCAAUGCAGUUUAAUGUGUAGAUAAAGAGCUAUUUCAACCAUAAGAAGUGGAUUGGCAGUAUAUUUUUACAUUGAAUUUUUCUUCACUUGUAUAUAAAGACUGUAUAAGUACUUAUUUAUGAGUAUAAGAAAGGAUAGGCAUAUUUUCUUUAACUGAAUAAACUUGACUAUUGAUUUAUAUAACCUGAUUUCACAAAGUUAAUACAUAGCUUCAAUAUGAGAUCUUUUUCAAAACUAUUUUCUUAACCAAACAUUUAUUUCACGAGACUACAUCCAACCCUGUAUCUGGUAUAAUUUUCAACUUAAUUGCUUGUAGUCUCACUUUACUAGUAAUGUUUACUAUCUUUCCUAAUAAUGUAUUAACUGAUUAAUCAGGUCUUUAAAUUUUUAUGAAAUACUCUUUACAAAAAGCUUAUGUCAAAAAUUUCAAUAUACUAUCACAAGUCUCAAAAUAAUACUUUUUUGUAUAUGAAUGAAGCUGUUGUUUUUACCAUGCAGUGUUGCAUGAUAUUAAGUUAUGUGUAAUUAACAUAACUGAUUCCAUUUUAAUUGUAAUUUGUUAAAUUCUGUACAUAUCAUUAAAAUAAAUUUGAAGUUGAAGUAGUGUUUUCAGUUAAAUUACACCUAGAAAUAAUCUGCUAGUUUUUCAUCAGAAGAAAAAAAUCCAAGAUGGGCCCCAGUGCAUCUUAUAUUUUUAUGUUGUAGAAACAAUCAUUUGAAUGAGUUGUGGAAAUAAGCAAGAAACAUGACCAUUUAUAGAACUAAAGAAACUUUUCAUUAGCAUGAAAUUGGGCAUAGUGUUGCCCUGGAGGAUAUAAUUAUCUGAAUCAGUAAAUCAGCUUCCUACAAUUGAUGUUAAUAAUGUAAAAUAAAAGCUACACAGUUCUAAAAUGGUCCAGUAGGUAGACUUUUUUUUCCCCCCAGAGAGCUAGGGAACCAAAAGAACUUUUUUCUUACUUGAGCAUUAACUGACAGUCAUGAUAGUAGAACCAUUAGAUUUUUAGUUUUUAAUAUCAUAUGUGUGUUAUCUUUCAUCAGUUAAUAAUGAGUAAGCCUAUUCAGAGAAAAAAAAAAGUAAACUGAUCAAAGCCUUGGCAUCUCCAGCCUUUCAUUUCCUGCUGUUGAGGAAAUUGCUGAGAACAUCUUGAUGUCCUUGUUCUUCCUGGACAGGGGCUUUUGGGGAGUUUUUUUCUACUAUGUAAUAUAAUAUCUACUUCAGAGUUUUAAAAAAUCUUAAUACAUUUAGUAAGUUGAACUUUUGUCAAGUUCUAUUAUUUUAAAGCUACUUGUUAAAAACAUUUUUACUAAACAGUCUGAAUUUCUCUUUAGCCCAUUUUUUAUAUGGAAAUGAUACUAAUGUAGUGCUAAGUAAAGUCUUACUUGAUUAGAGUCCUCAAAAUCCAGUUAGCAAAUACCAUGUGAACUUGAGCUGUUUGAUAUUGCUAAAAUAGAUAGUUCAGGUAAAUGUCUUAGUUUAACUUUUUAAAGAUUUGUUUCAGUUUUCAUAAGAUGCUCUGUCCAUGCUGAUAACAUGUAAAAUAUUAUGUGCUAUAUUAUAUGAUAUUUAAAGUUACAAUUCAAGUAAUUUAGCUGUAAAACAUGUUUACAGUUCUGAUAGGAGUCUAUGGGAAACCUUUUUGCAUUGGAGAUCAUUCCUAUUUUGAUUGUUUCAUGUGCCGAGGAUUCUUCACCUCUUUAUAAUGCUAGAAACUUGGUGAUGACUAAAGCUUUUUUGAGUAAGGAAAACAACUUUUUGAGAAUGACAGUGAUUCUUGCUGAACCUGACCUUUCCAGCGGUUUUUAUGGAUGCCAAAUAAUUCUUAUGGGAAAUUGAUGUAAUUAUGCCCAUUAUCAAAGAUACUUUGUAUAAAGUAACCCAAAAUGUUUACUGAAGAACCUAGAAUUUCACUUGACUUUGUGUGUAACUAUGUAAUAGGUAACAUCAUUCCAGCUUGCAUUUCUUUACUUGGGCUUUCAGAAGAUGCAUGAACCUCUUAUUGUAUUUGAAAUCUUGUGUGUAUACAUGCAUAUUUUGGUGGAAAGGUCAUAUAGUUUCUCAAAAGGUUCUCUGAUUUUCCCCAAAAGUUGAAAACCAUUGUUAUAAAUUGUACAAUGUGAGGAUAAUGACAUAAUUUGACCCACGCUAAUGAUUUUAUAUGCUGAACCUCCAUUAAUUAAAAUAUGUUUAGAGUGCUCA